AAAUUUCUGUAAAUUUUAAAAAGCUCCUUUACUUUAUUCUCUUCAAAAACACAAAAUUCAGAGGAACUCCAGAUUUCUUUCGAACACUGUCGAUUUUUAUCGUUUCUCUACCAUCGUAAAACGAAGAUUUGAAGCCUGGAAAUUGAGAAUUGCGGCAAUUUCUUGCGAGAUUGGUGGCAGAGUUGAAGAUUCACGUGGGGCAAGUUUGAAACAGUGGAACUUUGGAUUCUCUUUUUGCCUUUGUUUUUUUUUUGUGUGUGGUUUUAAACAGAUUUCUCUUCAGAUAUGUUCGCGUCUUGAAACUGUUUGUUGAUUUUAUUCAUUAAAAUCACAAAUUAGUUGCUGAAAUUGAAAGGACCUGAAACAAGAAUGUUCUGUUACUGCAUGGUGUUCAUUCUACAAAACGAUUCUAGUUCUUAAGGAUUGAAGAGUCGAAAGUUCUUGAAAUGGACAGUUCUGAGACAUAGAAGUUUUGGAAGAUUUAAAUUGUUGAAGGAUAACUUAAAUCUGAAGCACCCUUUCAGUUAGAAGCUAUUGGUUGUUCAAUAAAUUUUAAUAAAAUAAAGAGGUCAAUAUGGUGGCACUGCAGUUAGCUGCUAUCUUUACCAAGUUGCAGACACUAUCUACUUCAGACCAUGCGUCUGUGGUAUCUAUGAACAUAUUUGUUGCACUUCUUUGCGCUUGCAUUGUGAUUGGCCAUCUUUUGGAGGAGAAUAGAUGGAUGAACGAGUCAAUCACUGCCCUUAUCAUUGGUCUUUUAACUGGGGUCAUUAUUUUGUUGAUAAGUGGUGGUAAAAGCUCACAUCUUUUGGUAUUCAGUGAAGAUCUGUUCUUUAUUUAUCUUCUGCCCCCAAUUAUAUUCAAUGCUGGGUUUCAGGUGAAAAAGAAGCAAAUUUUCCGUAACUUCAUGACCAUCAUGCUGUUUGGGGCUGUCGGUACACUAAUAUCCUGUACGGUUAUAUCUUUAGGUGUUAUUAACGUCUUCAAGGAAAUGGACAUUGGCUCCUUGGAAAUUGGGGAUUUUCUAGCAAUUGGUGCAAUGUUUGCUGCAACAGAUUCUGUUUGCACACUGCAGGUGCUUAGUCAGGAUGAGACUCCGCUACUCUACAGUCUGGUUUUCGGAGAGAGUGUUGUAAAUGAUGCAACAUCUGUGGUGCUUUUCAAUGCAAUCCAGAGUUUUGACCUUACAAAUACAAAUCCUAAAAUUGCUCUCGAGUUUUUUGGCAACUUUUUGUAUUUGUUUUUAGCAAGCACUGUACUGGGAGUGGUUGUUGGGCUGGUUAGUGCUUACAUCAUCAAAACGUUGUACUUUGGCAGGCACUCAACAGAUCGUGAGUUUGCUCUUAUGAUGCUCAUGGCUUACCUUUCAUAUAUCAUGGCUGAACUGUUCUAUUUGAGUGGCAUUCUCACGGUGUUCUUUUGUGGGAUUGUGAUGUCACAUUAUACCUGGCACAAUGUGACUGAGAGUUCAAGAGUAACUACAAAGCAUGCUUUUGCAACCUUGUCAUUUGUUGCUGAGAUUUUUAUCUUUCUUUAUGUCGGCAUGGAUGCCUUGGACAUUGAGAAGUGGAGAUUUGUAAGUGAUAGCCCUGGAACGUCGAUUGCUGUUAGCGCUGUGCUGCUGGGUCUUGUUAUGGCUGGAAGAGCAGCUUUCGUGUUUCCCCUCUCAUUUUUAUCCAACUUGACAAAGAAAUUCGCUAGUGAAAAAAUCAGCUUCAGGGAACAAAUUAUAAUAUGGUGGGCUGGUCUCAUGAGAGGUGCUGUAUCUAUGGCACUUGCAUAUAAUCAGUUUACAAGGGCAGGUCAUACACAAUUGCGAGGGAAUGCAAUUAUGAUCACAAGCACCAUAUCCGUUGUUCUAUUCAGCACUAUGGUUUUUGGUUUAUUAACUAAGCCUUUAAUAAGGUUCUUGCUGCCUCAUCCUAAAGCAACAACCAGCAUGCUCUCAGACCAAUCAACUCCAAAAUCGUUGGAGGCACCGUUUCUCGGAAGUGCUCAGGACUCCUUUGAUGAUAGUUUUGUUGGAAUUCAUCGACCGGGCAGCAUUCGCGCACUUCUUGCAACCCCGGCACACACCGUUCAUUACUAUUGGCGUAAGUUUGAUAAUGCUUUCAUGCGACCGAUGUUUGGUGGCCGGGGUUUUGUGCCCUUUGUUCCCGGCUCCCCAACGGAAAGGAGUGAACAUAACGUGCCUCAAUGGCAGUGA